UGUUCCUUUCCAAUCCCGCUUUCUCUCUCUCUCUCUCUCUCUCUCUCUCUCUCUCUCUCUCUCUCUCUCCCCUUACAUGGGAUUUCUCCAUUUCAAGCAUUAGCAAGUGAGGCUGUUGAUAGAGUUGUGUGUGUGUGUGUAUGAAUGUGUGUGUGGAUCUGCAGAGAUUUAAAAGCCCAGGCGUAUAAUAGUAGUCGAGGAGGGGAGGGCGGGGGGCAGUGCCAGCAGCUGCUCAUAUUGUGGUGACGUCUGCUCCCUCACCAGCCAGGGAGGAAAGAAGCAAGAGAGAGAGAGAGAGAAACAGAGAGUGGGGGAGAAAGAGAGAGAGAAAGUCCUGCAAAUUCGAAAAGGAGGCAGAGAGCACGUCUGCAGGUGCGCCGAUGUUACUGGAGGAUGUUCCUCUUGGAGAUGGACUGGCUCCUGUGCGGCUUCUCCUGGUUUUCCUCCUCCACCUCCUGAGGUUCUCUAGAGCCCCAUCAGAUGCAUCAGGACUUCCCAAGAGGGCUUCCCCGUGGCUGAAAUGAUCCCCGCCAGAUGACUCUGGCAUUUUCUGAGCCUUCUGUUGAGCCAUGGAGAUCUGUCUGUUGGGACUUCUUCUCUGGUGCUUCCAGCUGGAACUCCUUUGGGCAGCCGGGAUCUUCCAGUAUCAACGGUCCUCUCCACCCAAGGCCAGGACUCCCAAAGCUAAGGAAUGGAUGCCUUCCUCUUCAUCUUCUUUGGCCUCAGCUUUCACUUGGGUGCCUACCCCUAACUUGGAUAAGGCUGAUCCUGAGGGGACAGAGGCGGCAGUGGCUUUUCUGUACUCUGGAAAUGUGUUGCGCCUCUCGCAAGCCAACUGUACUCGGAGAUUUGAGGUAAGGGACGUGGGGAAGGCCUCUGGCCCUCCGCUGGCCUUGCAUUCCUACUUGCGUGGUGCUACUGACACCCUGACCCACGCCACCAAUUUCCUUAACAUGGUCUUCCAGACCAAUGACAUCCGGGAGUCCAGCGUGAAGGAGGACGUCGAGUGGUACCAUGCCUUGGUCAGAAGUGUCAUGGAAGGAGAUUCUCAAGUUUACCGAGCUGUUCUGACCUUUGACGCUCACCCGGUAUCUUCCAAGCCCCAAAUGAUGCUUCAAGCCACCAAGGAAAACAAUGAGAUCUUACUUCGGGAUCUCUCAGCCUCUGCAGAAAGCCUGAGGAACUUGACUUGGGAAAAUGAGUGGUACAACUUCUUUCGGUUCCAGAGAGUUCCGGUACUCUACAAGCGAAUCCUCAGCAAUGACCUCAAGACUCUGGACACCCCCAAAUGGAGCCAGGGGGAUAGCUACGUGAUGGAUACUGGCCACGUCAAGUGGUCACCACCUUUCUUGGAAUGUGAAGAUGGUAAAUUCUUGCCAAAUUGGAUGGUCACACUUUCUUCUUCCUUCUACGGCCUCAAGCCUGACCUGAAUCCAGAAUUCAAAGGGGUUGUGAGGAUAGAUGUUAAAAUCCAAAAUGUCGAUAUAAACCAGUGCGCAAAUGGACAAGGAUGGUUUGCAAACACACAUCAGUGUGACCUCAACAGCACACAGUGCAUCCCACAGGAAAGCCAGGGUUUCGUCCUUGGAAAAUACCUCUGUGUCUGCAAACCAGGCUUCUAUGGGCCAAGCAGGAUCUUCUCUUCCUCGUACUCCUCCGGUAAUGGUCAGUCUGGGGAAAGUGCUUCCCAAUAUGGAGCAAUGGAUUCUGGAAACGUACAGGAGUGCCGCCGCUGUCGAGAAGGAUGUACCACCUGCACUGAUGGCACACCCUGUUUGAUCCAGGAAGAUUGGUCAUUGCGGGCUGCCAUCCUGGCUUUCCAGGCCUUCUGCAUGCUGGCUGUUUUCCUCAGUAUGCUGGUCUCCUACCAUUUCAGAAAAAGCAAGGUCUUUAUUCUUUACUUCAAGCCAAGCAUCUUUCGCUGUAUUGUCCUUCGGUGGGUGCGUAUGCUGGGUUUUGCCAUUGUCUAUGGAACUAUCACCCUCAAGCUGUACAGGGUUCUCAAGGUCUUUCUCUCCCGCACGGCCCAGCGAGUCCCUUACAUGAGCAGUGGGAGGGUUCUGAAGAUGCUGGCUUUGAUUCUGCUUCUGGUGCUUUGGUUCUUAGCAGCUUGGACAGUCGGGAUGCUGGAGAACAUAGAGAAGAACAUCCCACUGGUAGUCCGCUCCCAGACCACCAGGGGCCUCCAGUUCUACAUCUGUUAUCAUGACCGCUGGGACUACAUGAUGGUUGUGGCCGAGAUGCUCUUCUUGCUCUGGGGAAGUUUUCUCUGCUUUGCCACUCGGACAGUCCCUUCUGCUUUCCAUGAACCUCGCUACAUGGGUAUCGCUCUUCACAAUGAACUGAUCACUUCUGCUGCUUUUCAUGUUGUCAGGUUUUUAAUGGUUCCUUCCCUGCAUCCUGAUUGGACGCUGCUGCUGUUUUUUAUUCACACACAUGUCACCACCACGAUGACACUAGCACUUCUUUUCAUCCCAAAGUUUCUGCACGCGGGGACGCCCUUGCGGGAGGAAAUUGCUGCUGAGGUGUAUGAGGAUGAGCUGGACAUGAGGCGGUCAGGCUCCUACCUGAACAGCAGCAUCACCUCUGCGUGGAGUGAACACAGCCUUGACCCCGAUGACAUUCGGGAUGAACUGAAAAAGCUUUACACACAACUGGAGGUUCAUAAGACUAAGAAGAUGACGGCCAACAACCCUCACCUUCAGAAGAAGAGGAGUUCGAAGAGGGGGCUUGGCCGCUCCCUCAUGAGGCGUAUCACGGAGAUCCCUGAGUCUAUGUCCCGGCAGUGCAGCAAAGAGGAGAAAGACGGGUCUGUUGGUGGAGGAAGUGAAAGUCGCUCCAGUUCAUAUAAGCGGAGACACUUGGACUCUGGUAGUUCAAGCAUGAAGCUGAAAGAUGACUCCUCUUCCAAGCACAAGUUGGCCUCAUCACUGAAGAAGUCUCACAGCACCUACGAUCACUACGACGUCAAAGAGAACAACUUACCAACCAGGCAUGAUAGUUGCAAAGAAGCUCCUUUGCUGGACUCGUUGAUGAGGAAAAAACUAGCCAAGAAAGCCUCUGAGAGAUCCAACAGUGACUCUCUCGAUGACUCAGUGCCUCUAGUCUACAAGUCAGCCAGUGCUCACAAUUUGUUGGCUGAUAAGAAACCUCUGCAUCCCAAACCUUCCCCUCUGCAGAAGUCCCUCAGUGUGGUCACCAGCGCCAAAGAGAAAGCCUUGCUGCUAACUAGCAGGGCUUACUUGGAAGACUGCAGUAAACUAGCCCGAGAUGAAGAGAGGAGAACGACAGUGGAAGACUCCACAACAAAUAGUGAAGUCUCUGGGCCCACUGAGGUUACCGAUGUAGCCUCAGAGGUAGUGGCAAAGCAGCUACAGACAGAUGAUGCAUCCGAAGGAACUGUGAGCUCCCUUUUCGAAGAUAGUGCCCCCAGCAAAGACACUAUGUGCCCAUGGGAAGCUGUAACAGCCCCUUCAACACCCACAGAAAGCAGGCCACAGAAACAUGUCACAUAUGCCUCCACCAGAAGUGUUAGUAUCAACACCUCUGAUUUGCCUGGGAAGAGACAGCAUGGCAGCAAGAAGAUACCACCUGAACCACCCAUUAGGCGGCAGAGUUUGGCUCAUAGCCUUGAAAGGAGGGAUGUUGCUCCAGGAAAUACUCAGGAUCAAAUGCAGCCUCCCACACACUCCUCAGAAAAGGACGCCAAAGACAAUCCAGUGCUGGUAAACAUAUGUCCCUGGGAAGCAGAGGAACCUCUAGCUAAGACUGAGAUGGAAGGGACUAGGCAGGCAGAAGAUAGUGUGCCACUCUCUUCCUCAGCUGGACUUAACCGGCUGGCCUCCAUUGCUGCAGAAGUCUGUCCUUGGGAGGUCAUGGAAGUGCCCAUUUCAAGCAAGAAGGACUCACAGUCAAGUGACUCAGAGAGCCAGAAGAGCUCUCCAGAGAAACAGCCCCAAAGCCCUCAGAUCUCCCCUCCCAAAAGCUCCAUGAAAAGCUUAGGUAUGGCCAUUAAAGCAUUCAAUCGGUCCAGGAUAAAGACAAACAUACGAGCAAGGAAGGAGGGUGAGAAAGAGACAGGGGAAAUGAUCGGAAAGCCCAAGUUGGCAGAAGUAGCCUCAAUGUUCAUGAAAGGGCCACUAAGGCAACAGGUCACAUCCAGGAGCCCUGGAGAGAUCAGGGCGAAGACAGUCAGCAAGCAAGCGACCAUCUGCCCUUGGGAUGAGGAGGAUGAACUUCCGAGCCCACAGAAGGCCAGCCCAAGCAAAACACUAGAGAUAUGUCCUUGGGAGAUGAGCCAAGAUGACCCUGUGCAAAGCAGAGCAAGUAGCACGGCAGCCAUGGCUCCCAAAAGCACUGGAGAGCUCUCUCCUGUCAAGCUGGAAAGGGCCAACAGCCAACGGGAAUCUGUCUGCCCUUGGGAGACCAUCAGUGCUGAUCAGGACAAAACUUCCAGUUUAUCUCUAGUGGUUUCAAAGUCAGACAAGAAGGCAGAGGCAUGUCCUUGGGAAGUGGCAGAGGUCCCCAUGACCAGCACUGCUAGGGACAUGAGCACAGCCUUGCAAAGGGAUGAGUCAGUAAAAGAGGGCAGAGGCGCACCAUCUAGGAAACUGGAGAGAGAGAGCAGCCAUCGAGACUCUGUGUGCCCUUGGGAAAAUGCAGGUGCGGAAGAUUCUUCCAUGAAACCUACUGCCAAAAUACCAGACCUGCCCAAAGUAGUUUUGAAGACAUCCAGCAGUGGGGAAAGGAAAAAGGUGGAGGUCUGUCCUUGGGAAACUGAGACAGAAAUGUGUCCUUCAGAAGUUGCUACAUCUCCAUCAGAAAAAGGGACAACACAAGUUGAUGGAGCACCUUCCAAAGGUGGUAUAUUGAAAGAGCAUCCUCUUAAAAUGCCAGAGAAGAAUAUUCAGCGUGACUCCAUCUGUCCCUGGGAGGGCAUAGAAUCUGAGGAGUCUUUGGUAAAGCCCAGUGCCAAAUCCUUAGACCCAACUAAAGCACGCUCAAAGAAGCUUGACAGUUUCCAGAGCAAAAAGGCAGAGAUUGCUCCUUGGGAAACAGAAGAUGUGGAGCCAGAUAGUAAAAUGACAGUAUGUCCCUGGGAGAAUAAUGAAGCUCCAACCCCAAAACAGGUAUUAAAAAAAGAUGCCAGUGUGGUCUCCAAAGAGGAGAAGAAAGUAACCAGAGAGAUGACACUUGAGAAAGGAAGUGAUGGUAAAAGGGAGUCAAUCUGUCCAUGGGAGAACACGGGCAGUGAGGAUUUGAUUAGCAAGCCCAAGAGCCCAGAUCUGUCCAAAGGCAGCUCAAAGAUACCGGUCAGCACAGAAAGCCCCAAAGCAGCAGUUUGUCCUUGGGAAGCUGAGGGUGCUGAAGUCAGCGCUAAAGCAGAUAUCUGCCCCUGGGAAGAGACUCCAGCACCGUCAGAUGAAAGGACCUCAAGGCAAGAUACGGGUAGAGCACCAAAAAGGGCUGGAGUAAUCAUGUCUACAUCUACAGAGAACGUGAGCAGUCCACGAGAGUCCAUCUGUCCUUGGGAAACCAUGGACACCGGUGACCUGUUGUCAGGGUCCAGUGUGAAAAGUCCAGAUCUAUCUACAAUUGGCUCCCAAAAAUCCCAUAGUAUUGAGAGUUUCAAGGCAGAAGUGUGUCCUUGGGAAAGUCAGGAAGCAGAACCCACAACAAAGGCCGAUGUAUGUCUGUGGAAAGUGACUGAAAGCCCACAGGGUAGGAGACCAUCAUCCAAAGGGGAUGGGGCUCUUGAAAGUGAUGGGAUUCCCCCAAUUAAACAAACAAAGCUUUCUAAAACAGAGAGCAGCCCUCUGGAAUCCAUCUGCCCCUGGGAAAGUGUUGGUCCCAGUGAACACUCUGUUAAAACUGAACUGUCUAAAACCUCUUCAAAGAAAUCUGACAGUGCUGAGAGCUUAAAGGCAGAGGUUUGUCCUUGGGAAGUGACUGAAGGCCCAUCAGAAGAAAGUAUUUUGAGAAAAGAUGACAGAGUGAGCCCUACACCAAUGAGUUACUCUGAGUCAAUGGCGAGGUUGAGCAGCUCACGAGAGGACAUCUGUCCAUGGGAGAGCAUGGAGCUCGAGGAACCUUCUGCAAGAGCUAGCGGCCAAAGUCCAGCCCUCUCCAAAGCCGGCUCAAAGAAAUCUGAUAGUGCUGAAAGCCUAAGGGCAGAGGUUUGCCCCUGGGAAACCGCAGAAGAAGAGCCGAGCAGCACGGUAGAAAUAUGCCCAUGGACAGCAGCCAUAGCCCCAUUUGAAAAAGGGAAGUUAAGGGAGGACCCGUUUGGGAUUUCAAAGGGGAAGAAAGAUGAGGCAUUGAGAAGUCCGGACUCAAAGAAAAGUGGUGGAGAAGGUACGUUCAAGAAAAUAGAGAAGUCCAAAAGCCACCAAGAGUCUGUCUGCCCCUGGGGGAGUUUGGACUUUGACAAACCUCCAGCCAAAAGCACCCGGAGUCUAGAUCUGCUGCAGGUGAGUUCCAAAAAAUCUGACAGCUCCGAAAGUCUAAAGGCAGAAAUUUGUCCGUGGGAAUUCCAGGAGCUUCAGACAAGUGAUAAAGUGGAAAUGUGUCCAUGGGAGGUAGCUGAAGGACCAUCCAAGAAAGGUGCCUUAAAGGAUAAGGGCAGGAUUUCCAAAAGUGAAGCAACCACCACAGGAUGUUUGAAGUCAAUGGAGAAAGCAAGCAGCUCACGAGAAUCCAUUUGUCCAUGGGAAAGCAUGGAGCUGUUGAGCGAGAAAAGUUCAGACCUAUCCAAGGCUGGUUCAAAGAAGUCAGACAGUGUCGAAAGCUUGAGAGCAGAGGUAUUUCCUUGGGAAAUGGAGGAAGAGGAAUCCAGCAGCAAGAUUGAGAUGCCCACCACAAAAACAGCACCAGCACCCAUCAAUAAAGGAAUAUUAAGACAAGAUGUGAGUGGGGGUUCAAAAGACAAAACCCUGACAAGGCCAGACAAGAAGGAAACUGGGAGAGAAGCUGCAUCUAAGAAGAUAGAGAAGACUCGUAGCCAUCAAGAGUUAACUCGGCCUCAGAAGCUUGUGGACGAAGCUUCUGAAAAACUCAGUAGUAAAAGUUUGGAUCUCUCCAAAGUUGGCUUCAGGAAAUCUGACAGUGUUGAAAGUCUAAAGGCUGAGGUCUGUCCAUGGGAAAUCCAGGAGGUUGAAUCGACUGCUAAAGCUGAAGUGUGUCCCUGGGAGGUGGCUGAGACUCCACCAGAGAAAAGGAUAUCAUGUAAGGAUGUUGAUGAUGCUUCCAAAGGGCAUAUGAAAACAUUUUCCAAAAGCCCUAGAGAGACAUCAAAAACUGUAGAGAAAAGUAGCAGCUUUCGAGAAUCUGCCUGUCCGUGGGAGAGCGCAGAAACUGCAGAAGUCUUAAAAACAAGCCAUCCAGCUAAGACUUCAGAGAGUUUUGACAGCACUGAAAGCAGGAAGACAGACAUCUGCCCUUGGGAAGUAGAUCUGCCAGAAGAAUCUUCUAAAGAGGCUAUUUGUCCAUGGGAAACAGAAAUGCCCACUAAGACUGAAAAACAUGCAUCACGCGCUGGUAGGACUGAAAUGCCAACAGCCACUAUGAAAAGAUCCCAAAGCAAACAGGAAGGUGUGGCUGCGCAUAAGCCACUGUGCCGCACUAAAGGCAGCAGCCCACUGUCAGACACGUCAAUGAAAAGCAGAGGAGACACUUCUGUGAUUGACAGAUGUCCUUGGGAAGCCAAGGGCCAGCCCACAUCAACCAGAAAAGACUCGGUUGACGUCAGCAAAGCCUUCUCAGAUGUGUGUCCAUGGGAGGCAGAAGAUAGCAGCCCCACUUCUGCCAUCCCAGCAAAAAGCAAGGCAGGGGAGAAGCCAGAGGCUGAUGAUGCAAAGGGUCCUAGCAAAUCCAAAUCAGAUAUUUGUCCUUGGGACUGUGAUUGAGCUUGACACAACUAAGAACUUACUUUGAAAUUCUGAGAAAGGCUUCUGUGAAAUGAUUUCUCAUGCACUAAGUGCAGUGGUUUGACUUAGCCUACUGCCUGGAUUUAACAAAAACAAACACAUAUCCCAGUGUGGAGGAUGAGGCCCACCCUGUUUGUUAUAGGGAGAAGUGAAUGACACCUGGAUGCUAGAGCAGUCACCAGCCAGGUGGUCUGCUGUUAUCAGAGAAAAGUUGUACCUUUCUGCCUUCAUUUGCAGAAAAACCCAAGCUAGCCGCAACAUUCCGUACAUUCUGUUCUCUGUGUGUAAAUGUGCCACAUACAGACCCCUGCCUUGUGUCCCCAAAGGUUUCCAGACCAUCCACUCCUGAUGUCUGUAAACAAUGGCUGGAUAACAGGCUCAUAGUAAAAAAGAGUUUCAUCUGAAAAUUUGCUCUAAGCAAGGCUGGAUGACAUCAGAUCUGACCAAAUGAGAACUGAGAGUUGUUUGGCAGGCAGAUUUGAUCCUACAAUUCCUGCUGCUUUUACGUUCACAACUAUUACCGGUACUUCAAGGGAAUGCUUAACAAGCUGGGAACAAGAAUGAUGCAGUAAGUGCCCCAGGAAAGAAAGGCAAAUCGUGGUUGACGAAAGACAGGGUAAUUCACUCCCAAAGUGUUACUUAGCACACCCUUUGUAUUCCCUGGUGGUGCUGAUGGUAGGGAGUCCUACUCAGGCUGAUCUUCCCAUUUUCACCCCAAACCUAGUUAUUAGGUUGAUUUUUUGGAACCACAAACGUUAUUUUUUGUGUGGUCUCAAUCAUAUCAGCUUGCUGUCUGAAUGUAACUUUCAGAUUCCAGUGGUUUUCAGUUACCCAAGCUGUCUUUAUCUCCCACUGUCAGAUGCUCUUUCUACAUAUCUAUCAGGAAAGGUAUUGUGAAAGGUUUAGGUGUUCGCUGACAGAAAGGAGUCUCUGUUUGCCUAAAGCUGUACAUUUCAAGUUUUCUCACUUGGGGGAACUCUUAUCAUGGUCUGCCCUGGAACCCCCGUGCACUGCAGAAGAGGCUGUGGCAUAUUCUGUGGUGCAGAUUCAGUUCACCCAGGGCACUGUUGAGGCCCGUUGUCAUGUGUGAACUGAGUGCACAUGUAAGAAUACACUUCCCUGCAGCUGUACUUUGCAAGGAUGAUCAACGGUGGUGAGUAAGCUGUAUUUACAGGGCAUUUGUCCAUCAUGACUGGAAUGCCAGUGUGACGGGCUAUAGCUGCUCCCUGCCUCUGGGUCGCUAUUGGGUGGGUGAGGGUCAUGUUUUGUCCUCUUUCAAUUGUGUUCUGGACUCCAAUCUGUUUACCUUGUCCCAUGAAACUCAAUGGGAGCUUUGGAGAACUGAGCCUACCCCAUCUGCAUAGCCCACCCCAGGUCCCAUUACUUGGUGUAACACUAGCAUAUGAAUGCUCUUUAAGGAUUAUAUGGUCUGCAGCUCGCUAAAGAUUUGGCUUAUUAGACUUAAUAUAUGGAGCUCAGCUCUCUUAAUCCCUUCUCUCCAACCAUCAUCCCUAAACUAUCUCACCUUUUUUGUUCUCAAAAAAUGGGGGAGGACCAUUUCCCCCUCCUACAGAAGCUAGGACAAGAAGCAACGGAUUUAAACAACGCAGGAGGUGGUUCAGGUUAAACACAAGGAUGAGCUGCUUAAGAGUAGAUCAUCAAGGGAAUUCCCUAUUUUUCUCCUUUUCUUUUUGGGCAUAGGCAAAAAACCCCCACCAAACCACAUGAAUCACUGCAACAUAAUAACUCUCCAUGCGGCAACAGCUGCCAUGCAAAGCAGCUUCAAGUAGCCUACAUGCAGUAGCUCCACAUCAUGUGUAAAACUGCCUCUCAACUGCAUGAAACACUAUUUCCUAUACCUCUCAUGGUUGAGGCACACAUUUCCCCAAAAUUAUAACUGAAGGUACAUCUUGAGAAUAAUGAAAUUUUAGUGGAAAACCUAAUCAUUCAGGUAUCCCCUGUGCUUCAUCAUGAGUCUCUGCUCUAAACAUGCCUUUUGGUUAGAAGGAAGCAAGCCCAGAGCAGCAACUCAUGCAGAGAUCCAAUGGGAAGCUUCCUCUGCGGAAGGGUAAUUCUUUAGCUGUGUCUGAAUUAUGCCAUUGCACCUAAUGUCAAAUAGCACAAUAAUCUCUCCCUAAGGAAGGCAAAUUGGAAGAAGGCCAGAGUUUGAAGAAAUGUGAAGGAAAUGCAGUGGACAGAUCGUUUCAGACCCUGGGAACCUUGAAUUAUUUUAUUCAUGUAUUCCUCAUAGCACACUGGUGCUCCCUGGCUCACAACUUGGGAAUUACCUGUCUAGAGUGCUUGCAGACCCACUUUCUUUGGAGUCCCUUUGCUUUGCCCUGUGAAGCAUGCUCCUCCUAAUCCUGCGAUACUAAACCUACAGGUAUGAGCAUGAGCUGUGACUUGGAUUGGGUCCAAAUCUAACUCCAUCCACUAGCCAUCAGACAAAUGUAGGCAAGAGGAAUCAGUGUGCAUCCGUAUAGCUGUGUUGCUCUAACUGAGCAGAAGGUCCACCCAGGUUUUGAGUAGCCACCCCAGACUAAUGUCUGCAGGAAAUUCAAUCUGAGCUGCCAGCUUUCCUGGUGACACAAUGCAUAUGUGUGCAUGUACAGUACUGUGAGAAAAUAUGAAGUCUGGGACUGGAGUUUUGGUAGCCUCCUUCAGCUGUAGAAAGACUGUAGAAGAUUAGAGGCUAGGCUCACCUGGUCUGGCCCACAGACUACCUACUGAGGAUCAAGGGACUAAGUGAUAGGUGUCCAGGCACAUCAAAAGAAAGAACAUAAAGAUGGCUCAACAUUCCAUUCACAAAUUCCCAGCCCUUGCCAGCUAAAUUACUAAAUUACCACACUUUUAGGAGCAUAAGGCUUGAGAAGUAACAGCCUGUUGCAUUUCCCCUUCUCUCCCAGAUAUUCCACACCACCCUUAGUUUCUCUGAGCAUCAGCCCUCCUCCCACCCCAUACAAGGGGGACCUGCAAAAGUAAAAGUGACAUUUUUAUGCUUUAUGAUAAAGCUGGGAUCCAAAAUUUACUUUAUGGACCCUGCCUUUCUCCGUGAGCUCUCUGUUGCACCUUUAGGAAGCACUGCUAAUGUAGUGUGAGGACACACCUCUGUCUCUGCGCUGAAUGUCAAACGAGGUAAUUAAUUCUGUAAUAACUGUAAAUAAAUAAAAGCCUAUUAUCUAUCUAUCUAAUGAUA